CCACCGCCGCCCGCCUCGGCCGCCGGGCGGCCUCCUCUGGCUCGGUGUCCUGCUCCGGGGCCCCAUCGCCGCCGGAGCGCCCGCACGCCGAGGAGCGGGGGCGCCACGCACUCGCAGGACGCGCGCCGCCUCUGGACCGGCCGCGGCUGGCACCCCCCCGCGCGCCUCCUUCCCCGCGCCAGCCGCGCUCCCCUCCCCCUCGCCGGGGUCCUCCGGGCUCCGGGCCGCGCGUCCAGCCCCCGACGAGCUGGGGGUCCCUGCGGAGGGGCCAGCCCGGCCAAGGCGUGACGAUGGAGGAGCCGCAGCGCGCCCGCCCGCAUACCGUCACCACCACCUCCAGCUCCUUCGCGGAGAACUUCUCCACCACCAGCAGCAGCUUCGCCUACGACCGGGAAUUCCUCCGCACCGCGCCCGGACUCCUCAUCGUGGCGGAGAUCAUUCUGGGGCUGCUGGUAUGGACACUUAUCGCUGGAACUGAGUACUUUCGAGUCCCUGCAUUUGGCUGGGUCAUGUUUGUAGCUGUAUUUUACUGGGUCCUCACCGUCUUCUUCCUCAUCCUCUACAUAACAAUGACCUACACGAGGAUUCCCCAGGUGCCCUGGACAACCGUGGGUCUGUGCUUCAAUGGCAGCGCCUUCGUCCUGUACCUCUCAGCGGCUAUUGUGGAUGCGUCUUCCGUCUCCCCAGAGAGGGACAGCCACAACUUCAACAGCUGGGCUGCCUCGUCGUUUUUCGCCUUCCUGGUCACCAUCUGCUACGCUGGAAACACAUAUUUCAGUUUUAUAGCUUGGAGAUCCAGGACCAUACAGUGAUUUGCCAUUUGGAGAAUUGAGAGAGGGGAAAACAAGGAAGAAUCUCACUGUAAAAACAGCUGUAGGUAUAAUGUAUAUUUCCAGAGAAUUAUAUUUAACUAAUGUUUUUAUAUACUUAGUUAAAUUUGCUCACAGUGGUUUGUUACAAUUAAACUGGAUACUUAUUUGCAAAGUGCUAUAGGUUAUAAUGACCUUUUAAAGAUCUUGUUGUUGUCUUAAUAGACCUUAUUGUUAUUUUCUUCGACAAUGUAUAAAUGGAUAAAAUGCUAAUAUUAAGAAAGUGUCAAGUUUGUAAACCUAACUUUUAAAAUGCCAGGGUUUUUUUGUUUUGUUUUUUUUUUGAUUAAAUGUUUCAAAAUCUUGAAUAAUGUUAUAUUGAUUUGAGAAAGGAGGCCUGUUGCAGAAGCCCUAGGUGGGGUGCUAUGCUUCAUCCUCCCAGAGCUCUCCAGGUACAAUGUCGCUAGGAGAUGCUUGCCCAUGGCCACUAGGGCAGGGUGGUCGGAGAGACCUCUCUCCCCAACCCGGGACAUUGGUGUCCAUGGUUCUCACAUGCCAAUCAGUAGACCGAGAGAGCCUCUAAGGAGACAUUGGCCUUGGAGCUUGGUAAUGAGCUCUUGUUAAGUGGUGCUGCCGAGUCCUGUGACUGAUGGGCUAGUGGUAUUUUUUUUCUAAUAUUAAAAUCAGGGAAUAACCAUUAAAAGGACAGAUACUUGCAUGUAUCUUACAAUCAUCUUGCUGACCACAAUGAUAUGUGUACCUAUUUUGUGGGAAAUACUGGACCAAAAGUUCUCAGAUCUCCAAUGUCCAGCACUGAUACUUUGUAACAUUAUUAGAUAUUAUCAGGCGGUGGGAAGGACCCAGUCAGCAAAGCAGAUGUGCCUUUAGAGGAAGUGUUUUCAGGCAGGGUGGUUCUUGCCACAACGGCGUAUCUUGGGUGAUUUUUCAACAUGAGCCUCUUUGAAAAACAAAAAACCACAGAAACGUUGGUAUAAUUGAUGACAGCAAAGAGUUUCAGCCUUGUACUCACUCUGUAGACACGCCCCCUGCCACCUCUGGUUUAAGGGAGCUGCUGCUUUCUGCUGUUUGUGUUGGUCUUCCUGUUUACGGGAUUCUAACUCCGUAUCCAAGCUCUGUUUACCCCUAUAUAGGAGAGGUGGGAUUUCUUCAGUGUCUAACAACACCCACCCCAAACUUUUGAAGGAAACAGUAAAGAAUGUCCUUGAGGCGUGGGUCCCAAGAAGCAGUGGGCAGGGGCACCAGAGGUGGAAGGUGGUGUAGCGCACGGAUGUGUGGGAAGGGUGUGUGCUGGGGGCACAGGCAGCCCCUCCGAGUCCAGCAUUUAGCAGGCCAUGAAGGCGAAGCUUUAGCUACACAGACCUGCAGGGGAUCAGCGCUGCGAUCUCUUUGGAGCUGCAUCUCCCCGGUCAUCACCGGGACAGCCUGUGACGCACUCAUUUUGCAAGAAAAGCAGAAAUAACUCAUCAGAGUCUGUGCUCUCUGCUCUGUGCAUCACUCACACUCACAGAGGCAUAUUCAUCUUCCAUGUAAUCCGUGGGUUAUUUUUUUUAAGUACUUUAUACUGCCAUCAAGUCUCAAUAAAGGCAGAAAAACUAUAACUCAGCAAAUCUGUUUCUGGAAACAGUCAUAAAGAAAGAAGCCCGCUUUUCUGUCUGUCUGUCCGUCUGUCUCCCUCUCCCCCCAC